GUGCGUUAACAACGUCCACACGUUCGUGCGAACAGGGUGUCAUUGGCGUAUGAACGGAAGGAUGGAGUGCGCAGGCCGAAAAGGGGUAAUGUGCGGUGCACAUGCCAUUUCGGUAUUAAAAUUGAUAAUCCAUUCGCUGGCCCCAGUCCGCAAAUCCGUGCCGCGGCUCAGGUACAGGUCGUAACUGCGUGCGGUCGUACACGGGUGAGCAAAGAUGUGCGUUCACGGGAAUUUAAUUGUACCACUGGUUCUGUGCGCAACGGUUACGUUGGGUCUCGCGCUAUCGGUCAGUCCGUCCGAGGUGGUCAAAGCUGAGCAGCAACCAAACCGAAUCGCCAUCGUCUUCGAACGGCAAGCGACAACUACGCGGGAGGAGUUCGGUAAUGCUUCUGAGGAGCUACAACAGCCACGAACCAAACGCCGAACGAGGGACCCGGACGAAAAGAACAACAUUGAGUCAAGUAUAUCGCUCUGGGAGUGGCUGAAGGGACGCGACAAGCCCGAGGAUAACUGUAUGCUGAUGGCGAUCGGUGGCGUGGCCAGUGGAGGCGCCUUAACGGGAGCAUUUGUCGGUGCAGGUAUCGGAAGCAUUUUCACCGGACCGGGUGCCAUCGUGGGUGGUAUCAUUGGAGGGCUGGUCGGUGUGUUUGGUGGCCUCAGUGUGGGUGCGAGAGCGGGUGCAGUAGCGUGUGAAAAUGUCUGACCCGUAGGUAGUGGCAGUGUCAACAACGUUAUUUGGAGCAAUAAAAUCUGCUUAAGUGUACGCCAAGUCGUGUGUCUCGUGGUUUUCAGAUACUGAAGUGUUGUUUGAAACGGUCAUGGUUCUAGAAAUAAUAAAAUGUUCGAUUUAAAGAUGAUUCCUUUUGGAACAA